AUUCUGCACCAGUAUUGUGGCUCAAGACUCCAGAGGCCACAUUUACCAUGGCCGGAAUCUGGAUUAUCCUUUUGCAAAUAUUUUACGCAAGUUGACUGUGGAUGUGCAAUUCUUAAAGAAUGGGCAGGUUGCAUUCACUGGAACCACGUUUGUGGGCUAUGUCGGAUUAUGGACGGGUCAGAAUCCACACAAGUUUACAGUUUCUGCCGAUGAACGAGAUAAAGGAUGGUGGUGGGAGAAUGUCAUCGCUGCCGUAUUCCAGAGAUACUCUCUGAUCAGCUGGCUUAUCCGCACGACCCUGAGUGAGGCGGAAAACUUCGAAGCAGCUGUGUCCACAUUGGCCAAGACUCCUCUCAUCGCUGAUAUUUAUUAUAUCGUUGGUGGCACGUCCCCCAGGGAGGGAGUGGUUAUCACAAGGAACAGAGGUGGCCCCGCAGACAUCUGGCCUCUAGAUCCUUUGAAUGGAGCGUGGUUCCGAGUUGAGACAAAUUAUGACCACUGGAAGCCAGCACCCAGGGGAGAUGACCGAAGAACUCCUGCCAUCAAAGCCCUUAAUGCCACGGGGCAGGCCAACCUCAGCCUGGAGACCCUUUUCCAGGUUUUGUCAGUGGUUCCGGUUUAUAACAAUUUCACGAUUUAUACUACGGUAAUGAGCGCUGCCGACCCAGACAAGUACAUGACGAGGAUCAGAAACCCGAGUUGAAAAUGCUUGCGGACAGCAACGGCUUCCUUAAUUAAAUGGUAGAGAUCUUCAGGGAGAUCAGGAGCAAGUCCUUUGGACUUAAGGAUUCUCAAGAUUUUAUUGCCUGUCACAAAACGUACUUGUGCAACACCAUGUGAGUCCCUCAGGAUCACACCAACCUGUGACG